AUGCGGCCCGUCUUCUGGAGAUUGACUAACCAAGUGAUUGACGAGGCUAGCGUGACUUUUAACCAUACCAUACCUGGUCGCCUACCGGCAUUCCGUUAUCCCCAAAAAGCCAUUACUAACCUCGCUUUCCAUCUCCCUAGCCCAGCACCACAAAGAUCGCUCUCAGUGGUACUCAAAAAGGAAACCAUAUACCCCCGGGUUCUUCGGUCUGACUACCUGCCUUUACGUCCCUCAACACUUCCCCUACAUGCUGGACUGCCCAAAGAUGUGCUUUCUCCCUCUGCAGCUGCGCCAGAGAAGAAGUCGCCCAACCCCCAACAACGGGUUCGUCGGCGUAAUCGGCUCAUCACUUCAUGCCUGGAAUGUAGACGAAGAAAACUCAAAUGUGACAAACAGCAGCCAUGUACGAACUGCACCAAACUUUCGCGUCAGUGUGUCUUCAUUACCUCAAGUCCCGAUCCGGAGACGCAGGCACGGCUGGCCGCUGUCAAGGAGAAAAUGGGCAUCCUUGAGAAGAGUCUUGAGGAAGAUGUGGCCCGCAAAGCGCAAUUGAAGGAUCCAAUCUCUCCGGCUUCCCGAAAGUCCUGUACCUAUGGUAGGUUACCUGGCCAGGACGAGUCCUACAGUGAUCAAGAAGAGGAUGAGGACACCAAAGACUUGAUCCCUACGACUAUGGCUACCGAAGAUGCCUAUUACGAUAAUGAGGACGAUGACAAUGAUGAUGUGGUUGACCUUGGGUUUUCCAUGGGCAAAGUACGCAUCACCGAGCGCAUUGUCGGCCUUGUGAGGCCAAGAUUUACAGAAGAACUUACUCAAUCACUGAAAGAAUUUCCAGAGCCUGACAGAUCCUCACGUGUUCCACUCUUCAACCAGGAUCCUGCCGUCUGGUUUGCGCCAGAUCGAGACUAUGUUGCUCCGUCUUCGAGCUUCUUCUUCUCCUCAGGCCUUGAACGAAUCUCACUCUUGAAUCAUCUCCCCUCGAAACCUUUGGUGGAUAAAUUGAUCGCCCAUUACUGGGUAGCGGUUCAUCUCAUUGCGAAAUGCGUGCAUCGUCCCAGAUUCGAAAGGAAUUAUCAGAAGUUUUGGGCCAAUAUCAACGCGGGUGUCGAGCCUCGUAACUCGUUCCAAGCUGUUUUGUUUGCCGCUUUGCUUAGUGCGGUCGUGUCAAUGCCCGAGGACAAAGUCAUGGCCGAAUUCCGCGUUGACAAGCAGAGUCUGGUAGACAAUUUCAGAGAGGGUACUGAGGCUGCACUCUCAAGGGCUAAUUUUCUGCGUACUACCAAAUUGGAGACCCUCCAAGCUUUUGUGAUGUAUCUCAUACCACUUUGCCGCAAUGACAUCUCACGUGCGCAUUCAGCGCUGAUUGGAUCUUUAAUCCGCUUGGCCGAAUGUAUGGGGUUACAUCGCGAUCCUACUACCUAUAGCACCUCGCCAGUCGAACUCCAAACACGGCGUCUCAUUUGGUACCAGAUUUGCUUCUUGGACCUUCGGAUUUGCGAGGGAACUGGCCCACGCCCCCAGAUUCGACCGGAUGACUACGACACUCGUUUUCCACUCAAUAUUAAUGAGAAUGAGCUCGAGCGCGCCGAGAACGGAGACAGCACCGUAGAUGUAACAACAGAUCGAAACAACAUCACUGACGUUUCCAUCUCGCGUAUACGAUUCGAGUGCUACGAAAUGCACCGCCUCCUUUGGUACGAAAGCCCGAAGACGGAGCACCGUCGACGGGAGGGAGAACGCAAAGUCAGCCUGACUGCAAUGCUCGCACGCGUAAAUGCCUUCAUGGCCGCUCAACAGAAGAAAUGGGUUGCUUUAUUGGACAUGUCCAACCCGAUACACGUCGUGGGAUCCGAAAUGUAUGGCAUUGUUUCAAAUAGGCUAUACGUCAUGGUUUUGCAGAAAUACAUGAGUACGGACAAACGCAAGAUGCCUGAUCGCCUGCGACAAAUCAUAUUGAGUGCAUCCGCUCUCAUUCUCGAACACUCUGCGAACAUCCAACGCCAACCUGAGCUAGCCAUUUGGUCGUGGUAUGUUGGUGCCCUACAUCAAUUCCAGGCGGCGCUCAUCCUACUCAAUGAGCUGUAUACAGGACCACGAGAAGCAGCCAUGGAAGAGCGAGUAUGGAAGUCUCUCAAUUACGCCUUUGAGAUUACAGAUGAUCGACCAAACGCGGAGAAGGUGCGGUUGAUACUGGAAGAUCUCAUUGUGAGAUCGAGAACGUAUGCCACAAUGAAAAAAAUAAAGGCUCCAAACAACAUGCCCCAGCCCGGGCCGCGCAUACACACGCACAGUUACCAAGCCAGGGAACGAGAAGAGAGGGAAGAACGUGAGCGAAGUGCCAGGAAAGGUUCUGGAGCAGCUAGUGUCGACAGCACGCCUACAAACACAGAAUUCAGUCCAGUCUCGGUACAGCCAUGCCAGCAUGCUGCAGUCGGUCCCAUGGGGCCAUCGACACCGAGAGUGGAUUGGGGUAACAUGGACCUACCCGCAUCGUUGCCAGCCUUUCCAAACACUCUCAACACUGCUGGGGCGGCUGCUUACAGCAACUUUGCCACCUCGGGAGCUACCAACUUUCUAGCAACGACUGCAAUGGCAAGUCAUGCAAUGGCAAGUAUGGUCUCGCGGUACAGCAAUGACAGUGGGAGUCCACUCGCAAACACAUACCUAGGCAUGAGUGCAGCAGCUACGGGAAGCAGUCCCAUGGACAGCCUCAACGACGUCGAUUGGAAUGAGAUCGAGAAGAUGUUUGGAAGCGCAGAUGUGGGCGCUGGCAAUAUCCUCAUGCCGCCCUUUUCCUUUCCUGAGUUUUCCGCCUCGGACUUGCAGUGGCCUAGACAAGGUGAGUCGUGA